AUGAAUAGCAAUAGUUCUCCCUUACAAUCCCAGCAGUAUUAUCCCCAAGAUGUACCCGUAGACUCCAUUCAAAAACAACAACCACAUAAUAAUAGCUCACAAAAGCCCUUUCAACACCAAUUAGAACAACCGCAACAAACAAUUUAUACUGAGCCAGUUGUUAAAACUGAGAAUGAAACCCAAUCCGGAAAUGCUUCAACAGCGGCAAAGGAAGCUGAUACGAAAAAAAAGAGAGCUGGUCCUAAAAGACGAAAGGUUACUCACGCAUGCGUAUAUUGUCGAAGAUCUCAUAUGACUUGUGAUGAUGGUCGUCCUUGUCAACGUUGCAUCAAGCGUAGCAUAGGGCAUCUUUGUCAUGACGAGCCAAAGGGUACUCACGGUUCUCAACAAGUGUCCACCGGACACAAUGUUUUAACGGCCGGUAUUUUAACUAUGCAAUCGCUUCCUCAGGACGUUAUGAGAUCAAAUGCUUAUAAUAAUUUAGCCAUGCAAGGAUUUUCCGGACAAUUACCGACGACACCUCUCACUUUUGCUAGUGAGCAUAUGGGUCAUGAAUUUACAGUUCUUACUGACUUUUUGGAGAGUGUGGAUGGAAAUACACAUAAUAAUCAAAACGCUGAUGGAACUCCAAUAGAUUUUACUGAGAAAUUUCUUUUGACGGCUGCUGAUCCGUCUGAUGGUACUUCGGAAGAUCGACUAACUCAAGUGAUUAAUGCAAAGUUUGAGGCUGGUUUUUUAAAGCCAUAUAAUUACGUCAGCGGAUAUGCCCGAUUACAAAGAUAUAUGGAAAAUAAACAACGAAUUUUGAGUACACUUGGAACUUUUCGACCCACUUUUCGUAAUAUCGCACAGUCUUUAACAGACAUAGACUUAGUUUUAGUAGAAGAAAAUUUUGAACGACUUUUGUUGGAUUAUGAUAGGGUAUUUAGUUCAAUGGGAAUCCCUGCUUGUCUAUGGCGUAGGACAGGUGAAAUUUAUAAGGGAAAUAAAGAAUUUGCGUUACUUAUAGGAGUCCCUGUUGACAUGCUUAGAGAAGGAAGGCUCUGUAUAUAUGAGUUAAUGAUGGAGGAUUCAGCUGUGAAUUAUUGGGAGAAAUACGGUAACAUAGCAUUUGAUGCUGGUCAGAAAGCAGUGUUAACAUCUUGCUUAUUAAAAGGACCAGAUCAAGAUAGGCAGAAUGUUAUUUCUUGUUGCUUUUCAUUCACAAUCCGUCGGGACAAGUAUAACAUGUACGUGUAA